AUGGCUGUAAGCAAAACCCAUUACAAUGCGGAAACAAAAAUCUGGCGAGGACCAAUAUCAGAAUCACGUUAUACCUUAGAAGAUUCAAUUGGAGCAGUUGUAUUGGACGCAAUGCAUCAGUAUCCUGAUCAUGUAGUACAGCUCUGCCAUCAAAGUGGCAAGGAAAUUACCAACAAACAAAUGGCCGAGCUGGCCUGCAGUGUGGCAAUUAAUUUUAGCAAAUUAAAUUUACAACAAACUGAUGUUGUUGGUGUGUGUUCAGGCAAUUGUGAUUACGUAGCACCGUUUUGUGAUGGUGUUGUCUAUGACAAAAUACGCCAAUGUUUAGUGGAGAGCGGUCUUGAAAAUACUCCUAUCUAUACGGUAUGUAAUCAUAUUGAGGGUGUGCCAACUGUUAUGGAACUAUUGAACGAAAAGAAUGUGGAUGAAGUUUUUAAGCUACCACCACUUAAACAUGGCGCCCGACAGGAUGCAUUUUAUUUGUGUACCUCAGGAUCAACAAAUCUACCCAAUGUGGUGCGCAUGUCCCACUAUGCUAUUCUCUACCGGAUGGGUGUCCAUCGCCGUUCUGCCAAGCUCCUUGUAUUUAGUGGCGUCUUUUGGUUCAUGGGUAUUGUAAAUACCCAAAAAACUCGUGUUAUAACGGAAAAUCCAUUUUCACCCCAGGCUUUUUGUGAAAUUGUCCAAAAACAUAAAAUAGAAAUUGCCGCCUGUUCGCCAUCCCACAUCCCCUUGUGUUUGUCCUGUCCCGAAAUAUUGGCGGCCAGCGAUUUGACCAGUCUUAAAACUUUAUUUGUCGCCGGCAAAACACUACCCUAUUCUUUGGUAUCCAAAUUCAAAGAAUAUGCCGUGAAUUGUGAAUUUCCCAUUGUGUACGGCAUGACGGAGUUAUGUGGUGCUGUAAGCCGCGGCAUAUUGGAUGCCAGCAAUAAAGUAGGCCAAUUGGUCCACAAUGUAGAAGUUCGCAUUGUAAGUGAUAAUGGAGAGAAUUUGGGACCCAAUGAAACGGGAGAAAUUUACAUACGUACCAAAUAUGCCAGCUCAGGAUAUUAUUGUAAUCCGGAAGCUUCACGCUUAACCUACAUUGAAGAUGGUUGGAUACGUAGCGGUGAUAUCGGCUAUUUCAACGACGAAGGAAAUUUCUACGUGGUGGAUCGUCGCAAAGACAUUCUAAAAUAUAAUAAUUUCCAUUUUUCACCCACCGCUAUUGAAACUGUGAUCUAUGAAAUUCCGGACGUUGCCGAAGUUUGUGUUGUCGGUAUUCCAGAUAUUACUUACGAUAGUUUGCCUGCAGCUGCAAUUGUAAAGAGACAGGGUGCAAAUAUUACUGAAGCCGACGUCAGUCAAUAUGUUGCAAAGCGUAUGCAACACUUUGAAAAUUUAGACGGUGGGGUUUAUUUCUUCGACAAAUUGCCGCUAACGGCUUCUGGUAAAGUUUUGCGGAAAGAUGUUACGGACCUGUGUGCUAAAUUAAGAAAUAAGCAAUAA